GCAUCGUUUGGAGAACCCGAUGACUUCAAAUGACAGAUACUCUCCUGAAGAAAAGACAGUCACAGGUUCAAACCUGCUAAAGACUGCACAGGCAGGAACACAGGCAGGAGGUGAAAUCAAAACAUCUGGGCAGGAUUUCCUUUUGAUGUGUUUUUAUUGUAACUUUGCACAGGCUUUAACACAAAGUUAUAAAAGGGAAAAUGAAGCAACUCUGUGUUUGUGUGUGAUGCUUCUCUUCUGGAUUUGCUACAGUACUCAAACAUGUUUGGAUCGACGGGCCUCCCUCCUCCUCUGUGAGGAGCCGAGGCCUGAUGUCCAAGGUGCAGCCGGAGCCCCAGCCGGAGCCCCAGAUCGACGGAACUCCCUCCUCCUCUGUGAGGAGCCGAGGCCUGAUGUCCAAGGUGCAGCCGGAGCCCCAGCCGGAGCCCCAGAUAGACGGAACUCCCUACUCCUCUGUGAGGAGCCGAGGCCUGAUGUCCAAGGUGCAGCCGGAGCCCCAGCCGGAGCCCCAGAUCGACGGAACUCCCUACUCCUCUGUGAGGAGCCGAGGCCUGAUGUCCAAGGUGCAGCCGGAGCCCCAGAUCGACGGUCCUCCCUCCUCCUCUGUGAGGAACCGAGGCCUGAUGUCCGAGGUGCAGCCAGAGCCCCAGAUCGACGGGCCUCCCUCCUCCUCUGUGAGGAGCCGAGGCCUGAUGUCCGAGGUGCAGCCGGAACCCCAGCCGGAGCCCCAGCCGGAGCCCCAGCCGGAGCCCCAGCCGGAGCCCCAGCCGGAGCCCCAGUCGGAGCGUCGUCCUCCUCCUCCCACGGGAAAGGUCGCUCAAA